CCGGCCGACUAAGCUCCUUCGGGCGUCGAUGCAGACUCAUGCCGUGCGUUGAGACCUGAAGCUCCAUUCAACUCCAAUUCACUAGAAACCAUUCGCCGACUCCGAACUUCUUGUACUUGGACUUGCAAUCAAUAUCUUCUGCUUCGCAACCUGUUGCCCGUUGCCCGUUGCCCUGCAUCCUCCGGCAUUCUUUUGUCUACUGAAACCGACCCUCUGCGGCUUGUUGUCGCCUUUCUUUCGCUGCCUCUUGUGUCCUCUCGCCUGUUCACGUUGUCAAUAUGCUCAAAACCCUCAUCCCAAGAUCCAGCAGGUCGCUGCUUUCGUCAAAAGCUCCGCACCUGGGCCCCGCCAACCUGCGGACCGCUCCAAGCUUUCAGAUCGUCUCGUUAAACCAACCCAGAAGUCGGGGAUAUGCCUCAGAGGCGAAAGAGUACGACAUCCUGUUCAUUGGUGGUGGCGUUGCAGGCUAUGUCGGCGCAAUCAAGGCCGGGCAGGAGGGUCUCAAGACCGCCUGCAUUGAGAAGCGAGGAGCCCUGGGUGGCACAUGUUUGAACGUGGGCUGCAUACCUUCCAAGUCCCUUUUGAACAACUCACAUCUUUACCACCAAAUCCUCCACGACACCAAGAAACGAGGCAUUGAUGUCGGCGAUGUCAAGCUCAACCUCAGGCAAAUGAUGAAGGCAAAGGAAGAUUCAGUCUCAGGUCUCACCAAAGGCGUCGAGUUCCUCUUCAAGAAGAACAAGGUCGACUACAUCCCCGGCACAGGCUCCUUUGUCGACGAAAACACGGUUCGAGUCAACUUAAUAGAAGGGGGUGAGACUGAAGUCAAGGCAAAGAACAUCAUCAUUGCGACCGGAAGCGAAUCCACUCCUUUCCCAGGACUCACCAUCGAUGAGAAGAAGGUCAUCACAAGCACCGGAGCCAUUGCUCUUGAAGAAGUGCCCAAAAGAAUGACCGUGAUUGGAGGUGGCAUUAUUGGACUCGAGAUGGCAUCAGUAUGGUCUCGACUUGGCUCGCAAGUGACGGUGGUGGAAUUCCUGGGCCAGAUUGGUGGCCCUGGUAUGGAUGCCGAUGUCGCCAAACAGGCACAAAAGCUUCUUACAAAACAAGGCAUCAAGUUCAAGCUGAACACCAAAGUGACAUCGGGCGAUGCCAGUGGUGAGCUCGUCAAGCUUGAACUCGAGGCUGCCAAAGGUGGAAAGGCCGAGACGGUCGAGUCAGAGGUGGUUCUGGUGGCCAUUGGCCGCAGACCAUACACAGAAGGCCUCGGACUGGAGAACAUUGGCAUUGAGCAAGACGAGCGGAAACGGCUGGUGAUUGACCAAGAAUACCGCACAAAGAUCCCCCAUAUCCGAGUGAUUGGUGAUGUGACGUUUGGACCCAUGUUGGCGCACAAGGCCGAAGAAGAGGGCGUGGCUGUGGUCGAGUUCAUCAAGAAGGGUUUCGGUCACGUCAACUAUGGUGCCAUUCCCUCAGUCAUGUACACACAUCCCGAGGUGGCCUGGGUAGGCCAGAACGAGCAGGAGCUGAAGGCGGCCAAGGUCAACUACAAGGUGGGACAGUUCCCCUUUACUGCCAACUCGAGAGCAAAGACCAACCUCGACACCGACGGUUUCGUCAAGUUCCUGGCAGACGCAGAGACGGAUCGAAUUCUGGGAGUGCACAUUAUUGGCCCCAAUGCCGGUGAGAUGAUUGCCGAGGGCACGUUGGCUCUUGAGUACGGUGCCUCGAGUGAAGACGUGGCACGAACUUGCCACGCUCAUCCCACGCUGGCGGAAGCAUUCAAGGAGGCCGCCAUGAGCACAUAUGCAUCCGCCAUCCAUUUCUAGAUGCGAAAUGCCCGGGAUUAGGGGCUCUGUUUUGCUGGCCUCAAAGCUAGCAUGGUGUCAUGUGCAAGGUUGAUGGCACCGUAGACAGAGUGCGAGGCAGGGUCGUAUGGGUUAGUGUACACGCUGGAGCGAUUCGAGAAGUUGGUCGAUCCCAAAAAGAGGGUCGAGCGCUGGAAAAAAAUGUAAAAUUAUUCGCGCGACGAUUUGAUCACGUUGAAGCUAAAGAAGUGACACUGUUCCGUGUAUUCGGUAGAACCAUGCGCUGUGCUCGAGAUUGACUAAGUAGGCCAAUGGCCUUUACUAGGGUUUGAGCGAUCAACAAGUCACUGCAUCGUUAAGCUCGGAGGACGUCAUGAGCAACGCUCGUAGUGUAGGAGACCACCAACAACAACAAUGAAGAGCAUGAAACAGCAUGAACGAGCAUCUCUGAAUUUAUUUCAAUUAGCAAUUGCACUGUAUUAGAUACUUAGCUUG